AUGAAGUUAAAAGUGAGAGAGGAGGAAAAAAAGAGAAUGGAUACUGGAACCUCUUCGGGAAUACCAGUAAUAGAUUGCUUAACGGACCCGAAUUCCAAGUGUCUUACUUGUUUAUCAACCCGCAAACCAAGAGGCGCUGUCAAUAUCAGAAAAAACACCAGUUUACUUAUCCGAGUGGAGCAUGACGAUGGUCGACUGAGAAAUAUUGUAAUUGAUUGCGGGAAGAGUUUUUAUGAAUCGGCAUUAAAGUGGUGGCCUCAUUAUAAAUUGAGAAGAAUAGAUGCAUUGAUAUUGACUCAUCCGCAUGCAGAUGCAAUCAACGGUCUUGAUGAUUUACGAGCAUGGACGCUAAAUCAAAAGAUCCAAGAACAUAUCCCUGUUUAUCUGACUAGUAAUACUAUGGAAGCUAUUAAGAUGACGUUUCCGUAUAUUGUUGAUAAUAGGCAGGCCACAGGUAGUGUGAAUGGGGGUGGGGAUACACCUGCGUUCACUUAUAGUAUAAUUGAUGUAUCGACUCCAUUCACCAUAGAAGGCUUAGAGUUUGUUCCAUUAGAAGCACAUCAUGGGGUGUACCUCACCACAAAUGAGCCGUAUAUAUAUGUCGGUUUUAGAUUUGACAAUAUAUCUUAUGUCUCUGAUUGUAAUUUCAUUCCCAAAGAAACAUUGGGGAAAAUGGAAGGAAGUGAAAUCGUCAUAUUAGAUGCACUUGAUCGUAACAAACACUCCUCUCAUUUCUCAAUAGAUCAAGCGAUAGAUACAAGCCGAAAUCUCAAACCUAAACCAAAGAGGACUUAUCUAGUUGGUUUCGCACACAAAAUAGAACAUUAUGCCCUUACUAGAGAAAUGGAAGAGCUCCAGCAGAAUGAACCUGACUUAUGGGUACGACCAGCCUAUGAUGGUUUGCGCGUUGGAAUGGAAGAAUUACUUCCAAAACAAUCCUAUUUUGGGCGAGUUUUACAAUUAAUAUUUGGUGCGUAA